AUGAAUCCUGCAACCCCUUUCACCUCGAGCAUUGUUAGCUUCUAUCUAUCUAUCUAUCUAUCUAUCUAUCUAUCUAUCUAUCUAACUCGACUACUAUGGGAAAUGUUCAAACGAGUUACAUUUCUCCAAACAACCAAACCAGACCUUCAACACCAGAGCCCUUCUCUUUUCCCUUUCAUAUACACGAGAGUGUCGGGAAGCCCUCCGCCGCUGGCAAACCAGACAGCUGCUUGCAACAGAACAUCUUGGUUCAAGUUUUCUGUCACGUGCUGUCAAAGACAGCGACCCUUUUGUGCAAAACACCCACCAUCAGCAUCAUUUCCGUUGCAACAGCCAUCGACACCUUUCUCCCCUGGAGAAUAUUCUCCAUCUUUGAAACACUUUUCCGCCUUCUUCUGCAUGAAGCCGUUCCUGUUUUCGUUGAUAUCCGAUUUUAAUUCCUUCGCAUUCUCUUUUUCCUUCCGCUCCAUCUCUCCCAACCCCUCUCUCUCUCUCUCUCUCUCUCUCUCUUUUUCUCUCUCUCUCACUCACUCUCUCUCUUUGUCGGUCUCUUUUCUCCUUCUUUCUUUAUUUUAUAUGACAUUCAUUAUUCAUUCACUUUUUCUUUCUCACUACCUUCCCUCUCUCUUCCACUUUUCCACUCUUUCUCUAUUUUUCUCGAUUUCUCAUUGGUUCAUUAUUCAUUCCAUUUACCAUCUUUUUCCUUUCCUUUCUUUUUUAUUCUCUCUUAACAUUUCAUUCUUUUCUUUCUUUCUAUCUGUCUUUUUUCCUUUCCUUUCUUUUUUAUUCUCUCUUAACAUUGGCUUUUUCGCUUUCAUUUGUUCUUUGCUUUUUUACAUAUUUCUCUUUUUCUCUCUUUCUUUAAUUUGGUUUAAUAUAUCAGGUUUCGUUUAUUUCAUUUCGUUUUCUUUCUUUCUUUCUUUCUUUCUUUCUUUCUUUCUUUCUUUCUUUCUUUUCCUCAUUGUCUUCCCUUUCCUAUAUUUCUUUUCUUCGUUACUUUCCUGUUCUUUCUUUCUUCUUUUUUUCCCUGUUGGCUUUCUUUUUCUUGUUGUCUUCCCAUUCCUUUAUUUCCCUCUUUUCUUUCCUUUUUUCUUUUCUUUUUUUUCUUUCCUUUUUUCUUUCCUUUUUUUCUUUCUUUCUUAUUUGUUACCGAUUUCUCUCGAAAUUUGA